AUGGCGCGCUAUAAGCCAACGCAGCAAUCACAUGACAUGAAAAGCAUUAAACAACAUGCAGUGGAUGUGACCCUGGAUCCUGAUACAGCACAGCCCUAUCUUAUCCUGUCUGCUGAUGGGAAACAAGUAAAGCAUGGAGACACACGACAGAAUCUCACGGACACUCCAAAGAGGUUUAAUCAUGCUGCCUGUGUGUUGGGAAGAGAGGGAUUCUCCUCUGGCAAAUUCUACUAUGAGGUUCAGGUUAAGGGGAAGACUACGUGGGAUGUAGGAGUGGCCAAGGAGUCUGUUAACAGGAAGGGAGACAUAUACCUGAGACCUGAAUAUGGAUUCUGGACAAUAGUGCUGAGAGAUGGGACUUAUUGGGCUACAGCUGGUCCCGCUGUUCCCCUCACCCUGAAGGGGAAGCUCCAAACGGUGGGGGUGUUUGUGGACUAUGAUGCAGGUCUGGUCUCCUUUUAUGAUGCAGAUUGCUGGAAUCAUAUCUACUCAUUUACCCAUGUCACCUUUACUGAGAAAAUCUAUCCAUACUUCAGCCCCAGUCAUAAUGAGAAAGGUACAAAUUCAGCUCCUCUUAUAAUCUCCCCAGUGGAUGUCUGCCCUAUCAAGUAA